GUGGCCUUGGCUGCCGGGGCGCUGGGUGCCGUGCCCGGCGCGGCCUGGAGCCAGACCACAACUCGCUGGCCAGGUCGCGGUGGGCUCCACUUUGACGACGGCGAGGCGGAGGUGGGGACAGAGGCGCUGCGCAGGUACCUGGAAACGUACUUCGGCGCCUCUUACAUGUACUACGACGACGGGUACGUGCGGGUCGCGGAGCCGGUCAACGUGGAUGUCAGCGGUAAGGCCUUUCGCCCGAAGGGCCCAGGCGAGGCUCCGCCAGGUGCGCACAGGAUGCCGCCGGCAGAGCCUCUGGCCAGGGGCGGAGGAGAGGCGGACGCCCAGAGGGCCCCGCAGGAGCCAGAUAUCUCCUGGAUUGAGGGCUGGGGAGCAGCUAGGUUGGCGCUGAGCUUCGUGGAGCCCGGCGCGGUCUGCAGCUUGCCCUACGUGGUGCUGCUGGUGGCGGGGUUGGCGCUGAGCAUCGAGGAGCCCGGCGCGGCCCGCAGCUGGCCCUUGUACUACGUGCCCUGCAUGUACUGCGACGUGGUCGACGUGCAGGCGGAGGAGAGCGAGGUCGAGGGCAUCGACGAGGACCAGAUUCCGGCCCCUAGCCCGCCUGGCAUGCGCAAGGCAUUGCUGGCGGAGCCGCCGGGCAGAAGCCCACCGGGCGUGCGCGAUGUGCCCCUGGUGGGGCCGCCAGGCCAGGGUCCUUCAAGCGUCGCACGGCCGGCGAGUCGUUCAGGCCAGAAGGCAGCCGGCCGCUGGCUGGAAGUGGCCGUGCGGGAGAGCGGGGAGGACGCGACCGUGGACAUCCACGUGCCGCACCACCUCGCGCUGGAGGCCUCCGACGGCUACCCCGACGGCCACGACGACGGCAAAGUUGUCAAGGUCGUCGAACGCUUCACCGACGGCCGCGCCGGCAUCGGCCUCAACCAGAGGCCCGACGGCUCCAGCAUCGGAGCCGAUGAGAGGUCCGACGACCGCGCCGCCGCCAGCAGUGUCGACAAGGUGUCCAGCUGCUGCGUCGACAGCCGCGCCGAUGUUGUCACCUUCGAGAUCUUCGAUGGUUCCGCCGACAGUAGCGGCGGCGAGGCCUCCGUACGCCGUGCAGGCGGCCGCGUCGACAGCAGCGUCGCCGAGGUCUCCGGCGUCUGCCCAGACGGCCGCGCCGACAGAAGCGUCGACACGGUCCCCACUUGCCGCGCCAGCGGUCGCGCCGACAGCGGCAUCGCUAGGGUCUCCGACUUAUGCGAGACGGCGGACAACCGUGAGGCGGGCACGCUGGGUGCUGCCGCCGCCUCCGAAGAGGCAGGCGAGCAGCAAUGCCGCGCCUUCAGGGGGAUACAGGCCAGGGCGAAACCCGCGACGGAACUCGCGUACGCCACGCUGGCAGCAGCAGCUUCGGCGGCCGACUUAUGGCCACCGCCCCCGAGCGCAGGCCUCGCCUCGGAGGAGUUCGAGGAGUACGAAAGGGACCGCGACGAGGACGGUGAGGCGGGCGACGAGGACGGUGAAGAGGCGUCUGCCGCGGGGGCCGUCCGGCUGAGCGCAGAGGCGUCCGCGGUGGCGCAGCCAGCUGGCGACGCAGGUGCACCGCUGUCAGCAUCGGCGCUCGCCGCCGAGCCGCCCGCCAUGCAGAAGCAUAUUGUCGGCCAGAAGCUUCGCCCCAUGAUCGCCAAGUAUUCCGAUGCAGAGUACCAGCCCGGGUUAGCGGGGAAGGUCGCCAACGUGCUGAUCGAGCUUGGCUGGGACAUCCAGGACCUCCUCACCCUCUUGGAGCCCAAGUCCGAGCAGCUGUUGAAGAUCGUGGUCGACAUUGUCAUGGUGGCGGCCCCCUACGGCUACGACCGAGGCCACGGCGGCAGCGACGUCGACAAGGGGCAGGCCUACGACGCGGGCCUCUACGGCAGCAGCAUCGCCGAGGCCCCUGGCGGCCGAGAUGACUGCGGCCACGGCGGCAGCGACAUCGACAAGGUCAGGCCCGCCAUGGCCUCGGGGAGUGCCGCCGGCGCUGGGGCAGGCGUGCAACAGCGCCGCCGCCCCCGCCAGGAUAGGCACCCGGUGAGCGGAGGAGGUCGGGUGGGCGAAGUCCCGACCCUGGGAUCGUCGACAUCGGCGGUAAAGCAGGCGUGCGGUGACGCCGCCGCCGCCGGUAAGGCGGAUCCGGGGCAGGCCUACGACGCGGGCCUCUACGGCAGCAGCGUCGCCGAGGCCCCUGGCGGCCGAGAUGACCGCGGCCACGGCGGCAGCGACAUCGACAAGGUCAGGCCCGCCAUGGCCUCGGGGAGUGCCGCCGGCGCUGGGGCAGGCGUUCAACAGCGCCGCCGCCCCCGCCAGGAUAGGCACCCGGUGAGCGGAGGAGGUCGGGUGGGCGAAGUCCCGACCCUGGGAUCGUCGACGUCGUCGGUAUGGCAGGCGUGCGGUCACGCCGCCGCCGCCGGUAGGGCGUAUCUGGGACAGGCCUACGACGCGGGCCGCUACGACAGCAGCAUCGCCGAGGCCCCUGGCGGCCGAGAUGACCGCGGCCACAGCGGCAGCGACGUCUACAAGGUCUUCGAAGGCUCCCCCGACGGCCAUGCAGACAACAGCCUUGACGGGAGACUCGUCGUCGGCACCGACGGCUGCAGCCGCAGCAGCAUCGAGAAGGUGCCCGACUGCUGCGCCUACGGCUGCUCUGGCAUCCGCAGCGACGAGGUCGCCGACAGCUCCGCCGACUGCGCUGACAUCAGCGCCGACAAGGUCUCCACCUGCCGCGCCGACGGCCGCUCCGGCAGCGCCGUUACCGAGGUCACCGACGGCUGCGCCUACGGUUACACCGAAGGCCGUGGCGACAGGGUCUCCACCCACCGGGUCGACCGUCGUGCCGACGACGGCAUCGUCAGGGUCUUCGACGGCCAGGCCUCCGUGCGCCGCGCGGGCAGCCGCGACGACAGCGGCCUCGCUGAGGCCCCCGGCGGCUACGACGACGGCCACGUGGGCAGCAAUGUCGGCGGGGUCUCCCAAUGCUGUGCCGACAGCCGCGGCGACGUCAGCAUCGAUAGGUGGCCCGACGGCUACGUCCGUGGCCGCGCGGACGGCAUCGCCGACAAGGUAUCAGGCCGCUGUGCCGACGGCAGCCCCGACACCCUCCCCGACGAGGCCUGUAGCGGCCCUAGCAGCGGCCUUGCCAGCAAUAGCACCGAUGGGGUCUACACCCGCGACGCCGGCGGCCGCGCCGACAGCAGCGUCACCGAGGGCACCGACGAUUGCGCCGGCAGCGAUCCUGACAGCCGCGGCGACAAGGUCUCGGCCUGCUGGGUCGACGGCCGCGCCGAUCGCGGCGUCGUCAAGGUCUGCAACGACCCUGCCGUUGGCCAUGCCGACCGCAACGUCGGCCAGGCCUCCAAGCGCCGCGCGGGCGGUCGCGACGACAAUGUCCUUGUCGAGGCCUCCGACGGCCACGGCGACAGCCGCGCCGGCGGCAGCAUCGGCGGAACCCCCGAUAGCUGCGCCGACAGCCGCGCCGACGUCGGCAUCGAUGAGGGUUUUGACGGCUACGGCGAUGGCCAUGCCGAUUGCGUCGCCGACGGGGUGCCCGCCUGCUGCGCCGACGGCGGCUCCGACGUCAGCCCCCGUCCGGCGACGCGGCACUGCGGCAGCCAGCAGCAUCGGCCUCGCGGCGGCGACGACAUCUACGGCGGCGCGGAGGGCGCCGGCCACGAAGACCCCGACGAGCACAAGUACCACGACGGCGACGUGUGCGACGGCGAGCUCCACGACGACGAGUGUGACGGCCUGGAGGGCGCCGACCACGGGGACCACAGCAAACGCGAGUACAGGCACUACGGCGAGUGCGACAGCGAGCAGAGGCCCCCGCUGCGCGGCAUGACGCCGAGCCGGGCAGGGGCGAGGUUGGCGCCCAGCCUGUGGUUCCGCAAGGCGGAGCCCGCUGCAGGCCAGGACACUGCCCUGGAGCAAGACCCCCUUCCAAAUUUCGGGGGGACCGAGCCCGCGCAGAGGCAGCAGGAUCGGGAGCGGUACCAAGAGGGCGAGAAGCUGCGGCAUCAGUCGGGGCCCGAGCGGAGCUGGUGGCAGGAGGCGCUCGUGCUGGACGGGGCGCUGGGCGGGCCGCGCGAGGCGCUGGUAGAAGCUGCCAGAGCCCCCAGCGCGAGCCUCCUGGACGGCGUCCACGACGGGCUAGAGGCGCCCGCGGAGGCCACGAAAGCCUUCGCAGACGACGGCCCGCACA